UUUUUUUUUUCUAGGAUCCCCCUUUUUUUUCUUUUCUUUUUUCUUUCUUUCUUUCUUUCUUUCUUAUACCAGUAUUCAUGUCUACACUUGAAGUCAAAAGUCAGCUUCCUAUUCUAUCAACACCCAAGUUUAAAGACAACAAAUCCUAUAUUCAUUUCAUUGCGGGAGGUGUGGGUGGUUUAAUGGGUGCUGUCUGUACUUCGCCUUUAGAUGUAGUGAAGACUCGAUUACAGGUAAGGCAAUGCACAUAACAGCCAAUGUAAUACAUCAUUCACUAGUCCACAUUCUAUCAACAAACAAUGAAACAAAACAAACUGCAUAGAACAAGUCUUCUCUUCGGUCAUUUUGCAGAGACAGGAAGAUUAUUAGUUCGUAUCAACCAAGUAGAAGGGUUUCGUGGCUACUUUAAGGGUUUAGGACCUAAUUUAGUCGGUGUCAUUCCUGCUCGAUCCAUCAAUUUCUUUACUUAUGGCAAUGGCAAAAAAUUUUAUGCAGACCUGUUUGGAAAAGAAGAUGCCCGAGUACAUUUGAUUUCUGCAGCAACAGCAGGUGUGAUUACUUCAACUGCCACAAACCCUAUUUGGGUGAUCAAAACCAGACUUCAAUUACAAGGUGCUAAUGGUGUACGAAAAUACAGAGGUAGUUGGGAUUGCUUGACUAGUAUUCUCAAACAAGAAGGCCUUGGUGGUCUUUAUAAAGGCAUGAGUGCUUCUUAUUUGGGUGUUGCUGAAGGCACUAUUCAAUGGGUCAUUUACGAAAACUUAAAGCGAAAAUGGAAAUCAUCUGACACAGAUUCAGAAUCUAAAAAAAUCGGAGGCAAGACAUUACAGGAUUGGGUGGGUCAUUUAAGUGCAGCAGCCACCUCUAAAUUUGUUGCUGCCUGUGUUGCUUAUCCACAUGAAGUGAUUCGUACACGUCUAAGACAGCCUGCUGAUCAACAUGGUGUUCAAAAAUACACAGGGUUAUGGCAAUCCUUAAAACUCAUAGUAAAAGAAGAAGGCGUAGUUGCUCUGUAUGGUGGUAUGACAGCUCACUUAAUGCGAGUUGUACCUAAUGCUGCCAUUAUGUUCUUUUGUUAUGAAGCCAUUGUACAAAAAUACGGUAACAAUCUAUCGUAAUUCAUUCUUCCUUGUAGCAUAUGUAAUUGUAUAGAAUCUCAUUCAUUUAUUCAUUAUUCCAAAAAAAAAAAAAAAUAAAAAAUAAA